AAACUUCCAGUUGCGCUUGCGCAGACACCGCGGGGAGCAGACCACGCGAACAACCUCGUGAUAAAACCAAACGAGAUAACCAGAAGAGAGAGCCUCUGGCCUCUGCAUCUCCUCCUCCCGCUCAGUCCACAAGAUCCCGAGAGGUAAUGGCAGAGGCGGCGGCGAGGAGAGGAACAUGAGGUGCGGCAGGCAUCCGUACGAGGGCGGGGUUGGCGUCUGCGCGCUGUGCCUCCGCGACCGCCUGCUCGCGCUCGCCGCCGCGCAGAACGAGGCGUCCUCGCUGCCGCCCUCGGAGCCGGAGCCGGAGCUGGUGUUCCCGAGGUCGGUGUCGCCGUACGUGUGCCGCCGGAAGUCCGACGCCUCGGGGGCGCGUUGGCGCCCGCCGGGCCUCCUCUUCUUCCGGACGCCGCAGGUGGGCCCCGCGUACGCCGGCGGCGCCGGUGGGGCUGGAUUCGAGGAAGACGACAUCGGGUUCCAGAGGCGGCGCAGCAGCAGGUUCUCCUUGGUCGCCGCGCUCUUCGGCGGACACCACUCCCACGGAUCGGAUUCGGGGGAGAAGAGCGGUGGCAAGGGGUCGAAGCACCGGUCCUGGCUCGCUGGGAUCAUGCCGCGCGGCCGCCGGAAGAAGGAGCCGGUCACAACCUCCCCGCCAUCCCCGCCGCGGCGCUCUUGCCGCGCGAUCAGCAACCGGGGGCUCUCGCCGGUGAGGUACGCCGACGAGGGCGGCGUGGAGAGCACUUCCCCGGCGGAGUCGCCGUGGUUGCCCUCACCGUCGUCGAUGCGGAAAACCCCCUGCCGUCGCCGUCCGGGAGGCGCCGGGGCCGGCGUCUCCGGGUUCGCGGUGUGCAUCAGCCCGCUCGUGCGGCCCAGCCCGGGGAGGCACCACCGCAGAGGCCACCCGCCAGACGCCCCCGCCGUGUCCGCCGAGCUUCGCCCGUCGCCACUCCACCGGCUCACCUCCGGCACCUCUCUCCCCCACUGCCGCUCCUGGAAGCUCGCCGACGGCGGCCGCUUCCGGUGAACUCAGUUUCCUUUCUCCCCAUCAUUUCCCUUUUACCAUUCUCUCAGGCUCCAAUUUUUUUUACCCCCAAAAUUUUCACAGCCAUUUUCCUUGUGGGGUUUACUUUUCUUUUACCCUUUCGUGAAAUUGUGCCUCGCAAGCUGUUCCACUGACACGUGGGCACCGGCAUUUCCUAUUGUGCUGCUUGUCAGUUGAACCUGUUGCGACUCUGUAAGAAAAGCUCCCGGUACUGCUUGUCAACUGGAGAAAAUCAAAUUUUAUUUGCUUUUUAA